AUGGCAAAGACUGCAAUAGAAAGCAAAGAAAGGCCUACUACAAAAUUCAAGAAGCAGUUUCCUCUGGGGAAGAAUAAGCAAGAAACAAUCAGGCUACUUGGACAGGUCGGCGGCGCCCCCCUAAGCGAGGUCGCACCGCUCAGCAAAGAAACCCGGGCCUCGCCCAGGACGGCGGCCGCCCCGGGGGCUUCUCUCGGCUCCUCCAACUCCUGUGUCUCCGUCGGCUCCACCAGCGGCGCUGUCAUCCUUCUUUACUCGAAAGAGCUCAAAAAGUGAGAUGAGUUUGAAGAUAUUUUAGGGGAGCAUGUCACUGACUUGAAAUUUGCAACGAAAUGCUACACGCCUCUUAUACACAAGGGAAAUGACUCCUUUAAAAGAAUAAAUAUCCUUUGCUUCAAUUCCAGAGAGAUUCUUUAUGUCAUUAGACAGCUUUCCAAGGAAUCCCUUCAGUCUGUCCAUGUCCCCCCAGAGAAAGUUUGUGAGAUCUUGGAUGAAAUGAGUCACAAACUUUGUCUCAGAGCCAUUCGGUUUUUUGCCUUCUUCCCGAGCAAAAUAUUUAAACACAUCUUCUUGAAGAUGUGUGUAAAUGAAGAAGGUUUUCAGAAACUGCCACGAGCCACCCACGAGUAUCCCAUCGUUCUGCUGCCUAGUCACUGAUGUUACACUGACUUUCUGAUGUUGUCUUUUCUUUUAUGCGACCAUGACUCGCCAGUGCCAGUGGUAGCAGCGGGAAUGGACUUCCUGGGAAUGACGUUUGUGAGCUGUGUGGAUGUCACGCGGUGCACCUUCAGGGCCAACAAACCCUACUGGGCUGCCUUCUCUGCAUACGUAAAAACCACGUUAUGGAACGCAUAUGCUCAUGUUGGGUUUUUUCUCCAAGGAACGAGAAGCCACUCUGCCAAGACAUUGACUCAGAAAUUUGGUUUUCUGAAUAUUGCAAUGGAACCAUUUUUAAAAAGAGAAGUUUCUGAUUCCUACCUCGUCCCAAUUAGCAUCAGUUAUGAUAAGAUAUUGGAAGAAACUCUUUAUGUGUAUGAGCUUCCAGGGAUUCCUAAGCCAAAAGAAUCUACAUCUGGGUUGUUGAAAGCCAGAAGUUUCUCUCUGAAAUUUUUGGAGACAUCUACGUAUACUUUAGAGACUGUGUCACUUCAAUUUCUGGCAGCUGGGAGGAUGAGUCAGAGCCCAUAUAACUUGGUUCUGAGACAUAUUCCUCAGAAACAGUCCAAGGACAUGCAUGUCUUCGUCACUGAAGUUGCCUGCAGAAUGCAGCUUCUGCAAAUCAAAAACCUAGUUCUGAGCCCGUGGGUCCUGACAGUUGCUGUUCUGCUUCAGAACCGGCCAUCCAUGGACUUUGAUGCUCCAGUGGAAAAGACUUCAUGGCCAAAAGGCUUAACCCACGCAUUCAGAGGGUUUCUCAUUUGGCCUGAUAAUGAGCCUGCUGAAGAAGUGGUCCAGUCCUGUAUUCUCCUGCAUUCCAGCACCACUAGCCUUAUCAAAGACCAGGUGAUUCUGAAAGUGGACGCCAGAACUCGGAAGUGGUCUGGUGGACUUACCUUCCAGCACGUCACUCUCCUCGUGUGCUCAGGUUAUAGGAACCAGCUGCUCAACAUUCUUGUCUGUCCUUUUUUAGUAGCUGUAGCAUUGCAGAUGACCGCUGAGUUCAGAAAAGAGGCUGUCUACAAUGGCCUUUGCUUAAUAAGCAACGUUUUUUCAAAUGAGUUCAUCUUUUUCUCAGGAAAUGCAUUAAAGGACUUUGAAGAAAGCUCUUACCUGCUUUGUAAAAGUGAGGCCAUACAGGUGACUACAAGGGACAUCCUAGUUAUACAGAAAGGAAAUUCUGUGUUUGAAUUUUUUAUAGAGCUCUUUAAACCUUUCGUGGAAUGUUAUCAGAUAAUUUGAAAAUACCUCUUGAAAGAAGAAGACCACUUCACUGAGAAACAGCACUUGGCUGCCCUUAGAAAAUUCACAAGUCAGCUUCUCGAUCAAGGUGCCUCUCCCUGUUAUAAUGUAUUAUCUUCCUAUGUGCAGAAAAAUGCCUUAGCAGCUUGUGUCAGACUUGUGGUACAGAAGAAGAAGGUAAAUAAUGACUGUGUAUUUCAUGUGAAUGAACCUGCCACAACCUCAUUAGAAGAAAUGCUUUGUUGUAAGGUGCCAAUGGAAAACCAGCCAUGCAAAACUUUAAUAAUCGCCAAACAGUUAUGGAAAAUUUGGGAUGCCCUGGUGACCUAUACAGUGGAAUAUGCAGUGAGCCAACUGCACAGUGGUUUUGGCUGCUGCUACAACUGCAAGCUGUCCUUUGCAGCAGUGGAAGCUGUGGUGGUGGCUGUUGUGGACCACCACUGUGGAAGUGGCCCAGGGCCUCCUGGUCAUGGCAGUGUUCCUGCUUUCUGUGGAUGCUUGGCCCUAGACAUUCCUUUGCCAGACAGCCCCCUGACUUUGGUCUUUUUGGCCCCACUGGCAUCACCACCAGAGAGCCCAGAGAGUCCUGAACCAGUGAGGAGGCAAUUCCACUCAGCCCAACAGGUUCCAGCCCUUCAGAUGCCCCUGUGGGAGACCCAAGGUACACAGCAAGUCAAUCCAGAUGGCAGCAUGCAGCCAGGAUGCCCCCUCUUCUACUACCAACCUUUCAUAACCACAGACCUUUUGAAUUGGAAACACCAUACUCCAUCAUAUUUGGAAAAACCCCAGGCUCUCAUAGGCCUCCUGGAGUUGAUUUUCGUCACUCACCAGCCCACCUGGGAAGACUGUCAUCAGUUACUCCUCAUCCUCUUCAAUACUGAGGAACAGCAAUGCAUCCUGACUGGAGCCAGAGAGUGGUUGCAACAAUAG